AUGGACUUUUCCGACUAUGACAGUUUUAAGCAACAUUUCAAUUUAACUGAAAAGGACAUUGAAAAUAUAUAUCAAAACUUAAAAAACAAAACAAAUAUAGCACCUGCAUCUUCGGAAAUUGUGGUUGUUUUGGCACUUCUGUAUGGACUUAUUUCACUUGUUGCUGUGUUGGGGAAUGGCUUAGUGAUAUUAGUGGUACUAACAAAAAAUAAUAUGCAAACUUUAACUAACAUAUUCAUUGCCAAUUUGGCAUGUUCAGAUGUUGCCUUAGGACUAUUUGUUAUACCAUUUCAAUUUCAAACAGCAAUUUUGCAGCGCUGGGUUGUUGCCGACUUUAUGUGUAAUGUGGCUCCGUUUGUUAAAAGUUUAUCCGUGAAUGUCAGUGUUUUAUCUUUAACUUUGAUCGCCAUUGAUAGGUAUAUGGCUGUCUUACAUCCACUUCAUGCCGGCUUUCGCAAAACCGUGGCAGUCGUUGUUUUAUUAAUCAUAUGGCUUGUUAGUACAGUAUCGGCUGUACCAUAUGCGUUAUUUCAUACAAUUGAAAGUAUGUUUAAAUUUAAGGACUUACCGGAGAGAAACAUGUGCGUAGUAAAAUGGCCAUCAGAAAAUUUCCGUACAUUGUACGGUGCAUACUUGAUUCUACUUCAAUAUGUUGUCCCUUUAAGUAUAAUAACAUUCUCAUAUAUACGUAUUACAUGUCGUAUAUGGGGCAAUACACUGCCAGGGAAUGAAACGUGUUUACCAAGAGGCAGAGCAAGGAACAACAACCGGAAAAAGGUCGUAAAGAUGCUUAUUAUAGUGGUAUGUUUAUUUGCGUUUUGUUGGCUACCUGUUCAGAUUUACAACUUGCUGUUAGUUAUAUUCAAGGACACAGUAAACAAAUAUGAAUAUAUCAAUAUCAUUUGGCUGUGCUCAAAUUGGCUAGCGAUGAGCAAUGCUUGUUAUAAUCCAUUCAUUUACGGAUUACUAAACGAGAAGUUUAAAAAGGAGUUCAAGAAUUUGUUGACAACAUGUGCCUGUUGUUGUAAGCAGUAUCGAAAAAAUUCAAUUGGACAACGAAGUUGUUACACAGAAAUGGCAAUUCGAGGAAAUAGUUCAAGAAGUCUUCGAACGUUUUCGAAGCCUUAGCUAAAAUAGUCAAAAAAGGCAGUUAUUUGUAUAAUUAGUUUAUAAUAUACACGUGAAACGACCAUGUCCCAGACAUAAACGUUUUGUCCUGAUAUAAACUAGGUUAAUAUGAUAAUCAGGAAAACAUUAUUUUCCGAUAUAUAUUUUUUUUUCGAUUCCUUUAUGUAUAGUUAUAUAUGAACCCAGGUAUGUUGUUUCAACCUUUUGAUAAUUUCAUUAAUCGUCGUUACCAAAAAACAUUGUAUAAUUAUCAUCAUUAUUAUCACUGCAGCCGUCAUCUUUCUGCUAACAUAUUCAUCGGUUAAGCAUAUUUCGAGCUGUUCAGUUUACAGCCAGUAAUUAUGACGAGUUCUAUAUUUUUUAUUAUGUAAUCAUCACCAAUCGUGUUAUAUUUGUUAAUGAUUGUAACGUGGAUAUAUCACAGUUAGUCAAGUAAUAAACCUAAAAAAAUAUCACAACUCGUUACAUUUUGUUUUGAUUAAGCAAGUCAAAAUGAUUGUCUAUUAAACAGGACAACUAUAGUGAUGGUUCAAAUUCAUUUUAAUAUCAGCAUAAAAUUCAUGUUCGUACUUUGGUCUUCGUGACCGAGUUGUCGAAGUAGAUACUGUUGUAAUUACUAGCAAGUCAACAUUGAAGUUGUGAGUUCGA